CAGGUGUGGAAACCUCGGGGAGUGCCAUGGAAGUGAAAGAAGAUUUAAAACUGCUUAGUGAAUGAAGUAAAACAUGGGGGAGAGGCUGAAGCACUAUGGACAAAUUCAAAGGUUUAUUGUUUUUUUGGUGAAUUGUGCACCAACCAGGGGUGAGAAUUGGAUCGAAUUGCCCAUGCACUUGAUCGUGACAUUUGGGACCUACCGACGUACGUAGCGUUCCUUGGUGCAGCCGUGUUGGAACACAUUUACACUGGAAGGUGAUUUCAUAUAUUAUAUCCCGCAAAAGGUCCGUGAUGGGCGCGUUCACUGGCUUAACCGGGUCGGUUUGAAUGUGCCACAUCGAAAGAGCUCGGCCCAAAGAGCUCGGCAUGCAUUUGAGGCUUCCUCGGCCUGUACAGCUUUUGGAUUUCCAUGCCGUCGUGGAAUCGAUGUCGAAGUUAUACCGAAGAUCCCUCGGCUGCCGUUCGUGACCUGUGUCACGGCCUUGCUGUCGGUGCCGUGUUUUGGCCACUGGUGAUUGGGCACGCCGUCCUUGCAAAAGUACCAACAUACGUGAGCAUCAACACCAGCAUCACCUCGCCCUUUGUCUAUAUGGCUUUGGGAAGUCUUCCCUUGCUCUCGGUUCAAUCGGGCUCCACGGCCGCCCUCUGCUUGGGUGAACUCGUCGCCGCGCGCGAGGCGGGCGAGGCGGGACUGGCUGACGAUGCCGCCGCCGCCGCGGCCAAUCUGGCAUCGAUGAUGGCCGUCUUGGUGGGGGCCAUGCACUUCGCCAUGGGCAUUUUCGACUUGGCCGCAGUGGUGGAGCUUUUCAGUCAGCCCUUGUUGCGAGCACGCACGGGAGCGGCCGCGCUGGUGGUGAUGCUGGCACAAGCGGAGGUGCUUUUCGAUGUGUUCUUGGAUGAGAAGCCGACUUCGCCCCUGCUGCGCUUUGGAAAGACCUGUUUACAAUUGCCCAAGCAGGUCCACUGGCCGACCUUUCUUCUGUCGAUCUGCUUGCUGGUAGCAUUGAUUCUUUGCAAAAUGUUGGGAUGGUGCGCCUCCGGGAAGUCACCCAACACAAACACAUCAAGGAGUUGCAGGAACAAGGCAAUCUCAUGUUGCCUUCAAAGCUUUCGUGUCAUUUGCAGACUCUUGCAUUCCUCUGGGAAUCUGAUCGUUCUUGCGGUUGCAACAGUUGUAAGUUGGCAUCUUGAUGGCAUCGGGCCACUUGAUGGAUUUGAGGAGCCCUCCGCCCGGUGGGCUUUUUCGGGAUGGACGUGGCAGCUGAUGUCGUCGGCGCUGCCGACGGCCGUGCUCACGGCCUUCCUCUCCUUAGGAAGUCACCUCACGGUGGCUCAGCGUGUACGCCGGCCUCAAGAUCCGUGGCAGCCGCGCCGGGAACUUCUGGCGCUGGGCGCCAGUAGUCUGGCUGCCUCCACCCUGGGUGGGAUGCCUGUCAUGGCCAAUCUGGCAGUCUGCCAGGCUUUGCGAAGUGGAACUGGUUUCUUCGCUACCUUGGGCAGCAUUUUGGGUCACCUUGGCGCGUUCUACUUGGUGGCCAAGCUGAGAUUGAUGAUCCCCAGGUGCGCUGUAUCAGUGAUCUUGUUGGUGGAGUUUGCUCCGCUCCUAAGUAGCCUGCCUUCGGAGCUGCGGCAUCUCUACCGGCAAGCGCAGAGCGCGCGAUAUGGCGCCCAGAGCAGCACCUUAGGGUUUUUGGUGGCCAGCGACCUGGGGAUCUACUUGAUGGCUUUCCUGUCUCCCUUGCUCUUUGGUAUCGUGAACGGCUCCAUGGUCGCCAUCCUCUUCCAGGUCGUGGUCUCCAUGUCGCGCUUCGCCGGGCCCGGCUACGUGAAGAUCGGCCGCGUCCCCGGCACGGCGAGCUACGACGAGCUGGGCCCCGGCUCGGCGGCGUGUCCCAUCCCGAAGAUCAGCAUCACCCGCCCCAUGGGCCCGCGCUGGUUCGGCAACGCGGCGGCCAACACGCGCGCGGCGCGCGCGGAGCGCCGGAAGCAGAAGCAAGAGAUCUUAGUGGCGAUCGCGGACUGGCGCAUGGUGCCCUUCUUGGAUGAAACGGCUUUGGCACACUACAAGGAUUCCUGGUCAAAAGUAGAUGUGAAGGUUUUGGUGACCAAUGCCUGUGGCAAUGUGCGCCGCCAGAUUCAGGAAUCUGGUCUCGCGGAGAUUCUUCAACAGCCUGAAGAGACGCUAGCGGACCUCCAUGCUGCGGUUUUGUGGGCAGAAGAACACGUCAGACAAGUCGAAAUGAGCCGUACUGUGAUUGGCCUCAGCGAGAGGGUUGGAACUACUUUGGAGGAUUAGAAAUUCGAUGUGAGAAUUUCAUUUGUCACGUUUUCUGCUCCUUCGGUGUGUACAGUCUGUACAGAAGAUGGUGAGUUCCCACAACUUUUCGCACCCAGGAAUCGGUAGAGAGAGAGAGAGAGUGAGCUCG